AUGGCUGAGAAGACUGAGAACCCCAUGCGGGCCAUUCGCAUUCACAAGCUCGUGAUCAACAUUUGCGUUGGGGAGAGCGGUGAUCGUCUCACGAAGGCGGCGAAGGUGUUGGAAUCGAUCACUUCUCAACAACCGAUCUUCUCCAAGGCGCGAUACACCGUGCGUACGUUCGGUAUUCGACGUAACGAAAAAAUUUCCUGCCACGUCGCCGUCGGUAACCGCGACAGGGCCAUGACGAUUUUGGAGAACGCGCUCAAGGUGAAGGAAUUCGAGUUGCUCAAGAAGAACUUUAGUGCCACGGGUAACUUUGGCUUCGGUAUCUCCGAGCACAUUGAUCUCGGUAUCAAGUACGACCCGUCCACGGGUAUUUACGGGAUGGAUUUCUACGUGGUGUUGGAGCGUCCGGGCUACCGCGUCGCCCGUCGCCGUAAGCAGCAAAAGAAGAUCGGCAAGCAGCACAAGCUCACCAAGAAGGAUGCGAUGUUGUGGUUCCAACAAACCUUCGAAGGCGUCAUUUUGAACAAGGCGUACUAA